GAAAGGGGGGACGCCGCACUUUUUGUCCCGGAGAGGAGUCGGCGGCGGCUCAGUCGCCCAGCAUCGCCAUGAGGUCCGGUCGCAGCCCCCUCCUCCUCCUCCUCCUCUGGGCCGCCUUCGCCCUCUGGGCGCCUCUGCUCUCCGUCUGCAGCCUCUUCGAGGGCAGCUGCACCACCUUCCCCAACGACUCCAAGCAAUGCGGGGAGCCCAAGCGCCGCUUCUUCUACAACGUCACCUCCAAGAGCUGUGAGCCUUUCGUUUACCACGGGUGCCCCGGGAAUCCCAACCGCUACCACACCAUCGAGGAAUGCCAGCGCUACUGCGGACAAAGUGAAAAGCCCGGCUUUUGCCCACCGAGCCCUCGUGGCGCCUUGGUGCCGUGCAUGAGCUACUGUUUGCACGACGGCAACUGCCCAGGGGCGGACAAGUGCUGUUCCUUCGGCUGUACCUUGCGCUGCAUGAAGCCCGUCACAGACCUCUGCCAGCUGCCCCCUGAAGAAGGGCCUUGUGAUUUAAAAUUGCCACGCUGGUUUUAUGACCCGAAGAUCCAAAGGUGCAAACCAUUCAGCUUUGGGGGCUGUGCGGGGAACGCCAACAACUUCAAAAAACGUCGGGGGUGCCGGUUGAAGUGCCGUCAUAGAGGGUCUCCCUGAGGAUGGAAACUCCACCUGCUUUGCGCUGAAUUGGAAGAGAGGAUGAGACCAGGCGCAGGAAGCCUCCAGGCGCCUUCCAAAGGGGGGGGGGAUUCUGGAAUAAACGAUUGUCCGAAGGAGACGGUGCUCCCAGAUGCUCUCUGUGUCUUUCCUGGGAGUCUCUUCACCAUUAAAGGACGGAAUUUGUCAGGCACCUUCAUGGGGGCCUCCGUGCAUCUGAAGAAACUGAACCGAUGGAUAAAUAAAUAAAUGCCCCCAUCGGCCACAGACCUGGCACACCUUGCUGGGUGCCCACCUGGC